UUUUCUCCGUUUGUAUACUCAUGAUCAACACACUUUUUUCGAUGAGCUUGCAAAAACUCCAACAAAAAAAGUGAAUAAAAACGAUAUUUACUUGGUUUUGAGACAGUCAACAUUUGCAGUAUUUUCGAUGUCACUCUCAAAAAUCUGUAUCAAUGGAGUACACUACAGGACACACUGGCUUUACUUUGAAAAACCAAACCGGAUGCUCGUGUUGAACGCCGGCUUACUUGACCAUUUAUGUGCCGGCACCUGUUGUUAAAGAAGAAGCCCACAUCAAAGAUAACGUCACUAAGCAGACAAAAACUGCACACGAUAACAGUGGCGGAGUUUGGAUACAACCAGCACCACUUUUUGUGGAUUAAUUUUGCUUUUUGACAAUUCAGCGGAGUCGUCUUUUGACGUUUUUUUACUUGGCUACUUUGUUUCCGGAUACUGCUGCGGCAACCCUCGCCCCGUGCUGGAUGUGAGCCCUGCGUUGAAACCACUGGACCAAGGAAGCAUGCUGGCCGCCAUCCAGCACCACAGCACUGGUGCAAGAGCCGGAGGCGGAGGCGGUGGCGGUGGCGGUGAUGGAGGUGGCAGUAGUGGAGGCGGCGGCGGAGGAGAAACCGCGGUCCCCCUGGGGAGCUCUCGCUUCUCGAUCAGUACGACGACGGCCGGGAGCGCCUCCAUGUCGACAAGGGCCCCCGAGGGCCCCCCGAUGCACUCGCGGAGCCUAGACAACUCCGCCUCGGACCCCAACUACAUCUGGCAGACGGUCGACGACAUACGCAAGUUUGCCGAAGUGUUGCUUCAUCUGAAAGAGGCCUUCAACUUCGCAGGUCUACAAAGGAGCUGCGUUGGCAAUCCGGCGGGCGUGCUCCUGGGAAUAUGUGCCGCCAUGUUAGGUGUCAGUCGCCAGGACAUGCUAGGUGUCAGUCGCCAGGACGGGUCUUCUUCUGAGGUCGGUCCUUGGAACUUGGGCUGA